AUGCAAAUAUUCUUCUUCAACAUCAGAAGAACAGACAUUUUGCCUGCAAGCAGCAAUAAUGCAAUAGGAAGUUCUCAACUGCUGCCUCAAUGUCAACUCACAUGCUUUAAAGUGCCUAAUGCCAAAGCAGGUAGAGAUCAGGUUGAUAUUAAUGUAUAUGGAAUGGAAGGAGUCCCAGCAGAGGUAAUUGAGGAAAGACUAACCUAUAAAAUGAAAAAGAAGAUGCAGAAACUCGAGAAGGAAUUGCACAGAAUGGGCAUUAAUGUUGAUGAUCCUAAGUUUAACAUUAAGGAUUUCGACGUGCCAGAAGUCAGGCCUGCCAAAAAGAAGCCAGAAACUAACUAAGCCCCAAUGCCUCCAAUGUUUUAUCCCCCACCUCCAGGAUUCAUGAGGAUGCCACCACCAGGAAUGCAACCACCUCCAGGUAUGGGACCUCCAGGCAUGCCUCCUCCAGGUAUGAUGAGACCACCAAUGCCCUACGGAAUGCCACCUCUGGAUGAAUUUGGCAAUCCUUUACCUCCCCCUCCAGGGUUUUAAAUGCCACCCCCAGGAAUGUAGCCACCUCCAGGAAUGGAGCUAGGCAGUGAAUAGUAAUUAACCAGCCGAAUAAGCAUCGAAAAUCUAAAUAAAUAAAGCCUUAUCAAAGAGUGGAAAUUGAACAAUCAAGGACACAUAAAUCAAAAUUAAAAUCGCCAAGGAGAUCACUACCAGAGUUUAUAUGAAGUCAAUUUAGGUUAAUAAAAGUACAGUAAUAGUCAAGUAAUUAGUAAUUUUAUACAGAGUCAAUCUCCGUAAACUAAACGUAGAGAAUUGAAAAAUGACUUCGCUGCCUUCCAGAAAUCUAAAGUUGUUAAAAAAGGAGAUGAUCUUUCAGAUAUCAAUUCAAGCUUUGGAGAUGAAUAUCAUCUUUCUACAGAUCAUAUGAGAGAGCAUCAUAAACUCAACCUUAAUUCAGAUAUAGCAGCAGUAAACAAUGUAUAAGAUGACAUGCAGAACUUCUCACUUACAGAUAUAGCUCCCACCUACUCUUCCAAAAUCAGUUAAAUGAUUGCAGCCAAUAAGGAGGUUUAAAAUUUCAAGCAGUUAACAGACAACCGAAAAAAGUUAAAUACUCCCUAAAAUAAUCAAGUCCCUGAUAAAAUGUUUCUUAUACCAUUCUAAUAAGUAGAUAGGUCAUCGAGGAAUACUCAAAAUCAGCAUGUAAGCAAAAGUGUGUUAGAUUUAAGAGGAUGUGAAUCUCCUUUCGGCAGGAAAAAAUCUCUUAAAUUUUCAGACAAUAUGACUACAACAUAUAUCGAAAAACCGUAAUAGGAUAGUGACUAUGAGAAUUACGUCUCAAAUGAUGCCGCUUUUUAAUUUUAAAAGCAAAAAUAGCAUCAAUAAUAAUAGUAGUAAUUAUAAAAUUAGCUAGUAUCUUAGAAUAAAAAGCAUGUAGAAUCAGUUGAAUAUCUCUCUAACAGUUAUGAUAUCUCUGAAUUUCAGGACUAGGAUUUUGAUGUUAUCAAUUAAAUAGUAGAAGAGGGAAGAUAAAAAUCUAAAAGCAAUUAGAAAAAUAGCAAUGAUAAAGUGAAAUCAAGAAAUAAGUAGUUAGAUAAUUGCACUUAAUAGCAUUAAAAUCCAUUGAUAAGCCUGUAAUUUGAUGUGAGCUAAAAUCUAUUGAAAACUGAUUAUUCAUUGAAGAGCAAAGUCUAGCCAAAUAUACAAAUUUAAAAGCGAAUGAAAACUUAAAGAGAAAAUGAAACUAUUAAUUAGCAUGAAUAGCCCACUAGCUCAAGUGUGUUUGAGUUACAUCACCUGCGGAAGUAAAAUGCUAUAUUGAGAUAGGAGAAGAGUAAAUACAAGUAAAAAGUAAAUAAUCAACAGCAGGAAAUUUAGAAACUAAAGCAAAUAAUACAAAGGUAGGAGUAGCUGAGAAGGAAUGAUAGAUAGUAUCAGGAGAAGCUAGAACAAGAAAUAGAUAGACUUACACUAAAAGGCUAGGUUAAUCAAGGUCAGAUCAACGUCAACAAAUAAUAGUAGUAAUAGCAAAUUUCCCAAAAUUCUAAUUACUAUCAAAUGGAAAAUAGCUUGCAUUAAAAUGAUAGUUUUAAUGGCACUACUAGCACAGGUAGUAGACUAAUGUAGUACUUGAAACCCUCAAAUUAAUACUACUGA